AUGACCGAUUCAAGUUCUUUAGCUCCUAUUUCUCACGAUGAUGAUAGUUUCAAUAUUUUAUCAAAUGUUGAUACUAUUGUAGAAUCAAAUGAAAAUAUGUCUCAUGUAACAUCUCCUUCUAUUCAACGACAUGAUGACAAAAUUGAUAUUAAUCAAGAAAAUGUUGUUAUGUCAGAAUUCUCAUUCUUUUAUAGACCAUGCAACGAUUUUCAAAUUUAUCAUGUCGUCUGUAAAGAAAAAACUUCUGACGAAAUUGUAUCUCGAUUAUUAAAUAAUUGCUUAUAUUCAUCUCAUUAUCUUUUUUCAAAUGAUCUUUUUGUGUUCUAUUUUCAACAACCGAAUGAUAAAAGAAUUUACCAAAUAACCUGCGAAAUGGUUCCACAUUCAUUUAUUCUUAAGUAUUUAAAUUUAAAUAUUUAUGGUAUCGAACUAAAGCAAGAUGAGCAUCGACAGCAACAACAACAACAACACCAAGAAUUUUCCGAUAGACACAGAGAAAAUUUGGAGUUUCAUUUGAAACAGUUUCUUUUUGAUUAUUUGACUCCAAAAGAAGAUAAUUUUAUCGAUGAAAAUAAUUUGUGA